AUGGAGGCUGCAUCUUCCAUAUCUGCGCUCUCCGACCUGUGGCUGACUGUCGGUCUCAUCGCAGUCUGGUGGGCGUACGUCCGCCAAUCUCCCACGACCGAUAUGGGCUCUUCAUUAUCAACGUCCACCGAUCUCCAUAAUCUUGGGGAUCUCUAUCGUGACCAGGGCAGAAUGCUUGAAGCAGAGAAAGUGUACAUACGCGCGCUGACUCAAAGGGAAAAAGCCCGGGGAGCAGACCACACAUCAACGCUCGACACUGUCAACAGCCUCGGAAUUAUAUAUUGUAAAAGAGGCAAGCUGGACGAGGCAGGGCAGAUGUAUCUCCGAGCACUUGCUGGAAGGGAGAAGGCGCUAGGAGCAGAUCACCUCUGCACUCUUGAGACCGUCGGUAACCUCGGUAUCCUCUACUGUUUCCAAGGAAAGCUGGACAAGUCGGAAGAGGUCUUCAAGGAAUUGCUAGCUAGGAGAGAGGAGAAGCUGGGAGCAGACCACAUCUCCACUAUCGAUACUUUGCACAAUCUCGGAAACGUAUAUUGUGCUCAGGGCAGGCUGGACGAGGCGCAGCAGAUGUACAUACGGGCGCUAGUAGGGAAGGAGGAAAAACUGGGAGCGAACGAUGCUUCAACUCUUGAUACUGUCUUCAACCUCGGGAAUCUCUAUCGCAGUCAAGACAAGUUGGAUGAGGCGGAACAGAUGUAUAAGCGGGCACUAGCUGGGACUGAGAUAUCGCUAGGAGCAGACCACCCGUCAAAGAUCGAGAUAGUCGACAGCCUCAUGAACCUAUAUUGUUCCCAAGGAAGACUGGACAAGGCGCGACGGUUGCAGCUUAAAUUGGGUGGUAUAUGA